UUGUUCAAAAGAAUCAAAACAAAAACACUUUUCAUUCUCCUGCUAGUCUUUACUUGAAAAAUCCCAAGAAUGUCUACCACCAUAAACCAGUCACAAUCUCCCUCUUCCGACACCUCUGACUAUGAUUCCGACACCGCCGCAAGUUCCGCCGCAUAUCUCCGCCAUGCUGAUCUCUCCACCACCAUCUUCAAAGCCUACCUUGAGACCAACGGCCAUGAUUCAACUUCUUCUUCCUCCCCACAAUCUUUAGACCUUAUAAAGAUCCAAUCAUUCCUCAAUUCUUCUUCAUCAGGUGCUCUUUCUUGCCUCAUUUGCCUCGAACGCAUCAAAUCCACUGACCCCACAUGGUCUUGCAAUGGGUUUUGCUUCUCUGUGUUUCAUCUCCAAUGUAUUCAGCAAUGGGCUCAACAAGCAACUUCUCAAGCUGCUUUGCGCGCCCUCACGCGCCUCCCCAUCUCGGCCCAGACCGCCGCCGAGACUUCGGUAUGGAAUUGUCCUAAAUGUAGAUUUGAGUACUCUAAAUCUUUAAUUCCUAAGAAUUACUAUUGCUUUUGUAGUAAAUUAGAAAACCCACCUCAUGAUCCUUGGAUUUUGCCUCAUUCAUGUGGGGAGAUUUGUAGGAGGCCAUUGAAGAAUAACUGUGGGCAUUUUUGUCUUUUGUUGUGUCACCCUGGACCUUGUCCUUCUUGCCCUCAAUUAGUGAACAGUAGGUGUUUUUGUGGGGGGAUUCAGGAUGUUAGGAGAUGUGGAUUUAAGGAAUUUUCAUGUAAUAAGCAAUGUAUUAAGGUUUUGGAUUGUGGGAUUCAUAGGUGUGCUGAGAUUUGCCAUAAUGGGGAGUGCUCACCAUGUAGGGAGAAGGGUGUGUAUAAGUGCCAAUGUGGGAAGGUGGAGGAGGAAAGAGAGUGCUGUGAUAGGAAUUUUCGAUGUGAUAAUCCAUGUGCGCAAGGUUUGGAUUGCGGGAAGCAUGUUUGCGAGCGAGGGUGCCAUGGGGGUGUGUGCGGUAAAUGCCCUCUUAAAGGGAAGAGGACUUGUCCCUGUGGUAGGAGAGUUUAUGAAGGGAUAGCUUGUGAUGUGGAGGUGAAAUUGUGUGGGGCAACUUGUGAUAAGAAGUUGAGUUGUGGCAAGCAUACAUGCCAUGAGAGGUGUCAUCGCGGGUCUUGUGUUGAGACAUGUAGAAUCAUGAUGACAAAGUCAUGUCGAUGUGGAAGCCAGACCAAACAGGUUCCCUGCUAUCAAGAUUUGGUAUGUGAAAGAAAAUGUAAGAGAGACCGUGAUUGUGAGCGCCAUGCAUGCAGGCGUCGCUGCUGCGACGGGGACUGUCCACCUUGUACAGAGGUUUGUGGCAGGAAGCUCCGUUGUAGAAAUCACAAAUGCCCUUCUCCAUGUCAUAGGGGACCCUGUGCACCUUGCCCGCUCAUGGUAACCAUUUCAUGCGCUUGUGGUGAGACACAUUUUGAGGUCCCUUGUGGUACAGAAACAGAACAGAAGCCGCCUCGUUGCCGUAAACAAUGUCAGAUAGCUCCUUUAUGUAGGCACCGAUCAAAUUGUAAGCCGCACAAAUGUCAUUAUGGAACUUGCCCACCUUGUCGACUUCCUUGUGGUGAAGAGUAUCCUUGCGGUCAUGCCUGCAAAUUAAGGUGCCAUGGUCCUCAACCUCCGCCUAACCCAGAGUUCACCCUGAAACCGAAGAGAAAGAAACACAAUUUCCAAAGUGAACCAACAGCUGGAACUCCAUGUCCACCUUGUCCGGAGCUUGUGUGGAGGUCUUGUCUCGGCCAACACUUUGCAGCAGAAAGAAUGAUGAUUUGUUCAAAAAACCCGCAAUUUUCAUGUGACAACUUGUGUGGAAGUCCCCUUGCUUGUAGCAAUCAUUAUUGCACGAAGAUUUGUCAUCCCCGUCAGAAUUCAUCAUCUUCGUCAGAUCAGCGUACAAGAGGAGUGCUGUGUGAAGAAUGUACUCUCCCCUGCCAAAAGAAAAGGGCACCUUCAUGUUCACACCCUUGCCCACUGAGAUGCCAUCCUGAAGAAUGCCCCCCGUGCAAAGUGCUCUUGAAGCGUUCAUGUCAUUGCGGUGCAAUGACCCAUGCCUUUGUAUGUAUAUACUACAACACCUUAUCCGAAAAGGAACAACUGAGUGCUCGUUCAUGUGGUGGAGAUUGCCACAGAAAGUUAUCUAAUUGUACGCAUCUAUGCCCGGAGAUUUGUCAUCCUGGUCCUUGUCCUUCACCAGAGAAAUGCAGUAAAAAGGUUACUGUUCGAUGCAGAUGCAACAACUUGAAAAAGGAGUGGUUGUGUCUUGAUGUUCAAACCGGUUAUAGAAAUUCUGGUCGUGACCCUAAAGAUAUACAUAGAACACAAUUUGGAAAUGGACUUCUUUCCUGUGAUUCCAGCUGUAAGAAAAAAGCCCAAGCUGUUGAGUCAGAAUUACUGCAGCGAAAAUCUAAGGCACCAGAGGAAAAGGUGAUCGAGAAUGAAACACAUGUACCAAAGCGACGAAAGAGGCGUGAGCGAGUACAAGAAACAAACCAAGUUUCAAAAUUCCAGAAAUUCUUAACCUAUCUGCAAAGAUUUGUUAUGUUGAUCAUUGUUUUGGUAGCUCUAGUCGGUUUAGCAUACUAUGGAUACAAGGGUAUCUUGUCGCUCAAUGACUGGAUGAAUGAACUUGAAGAACAGCGUGCAAAGACAAGAUACCAAAGGAUUUAACAACCACUAGCAAAUUCUACUUGUUUGUGAUUAGAAAACGAGGGAUAUUUUACAGACAUGAAUACAUGAUUAUACUUUAUUUUUGUUACACAAUAUGGAAUUAUAUUCUACGUAGCUAGUACUCCGUAUUAUAGAAGUUUUUUUACUUGCAGAGUUGUAAAUCAGGCGUUUAAAAUGUACAUCGAGUGUGAAAAAUGUUAUACAAAAUAGUUUGUAUCUUAUCUCUUAUGAGAGUUGUAACUUGUAACAUCCUACUUGUGGACAUAUAAAGGAAUACGAAGUAUCAAGUAUGUAACAAGUACAGUAUGUUGCCUAGCUUGUGUUGUUGGAAAUUAUUACUGUACGGGCCUA